AUGGCUUCAAUAUUUACAUACGACCCGGACCCGCCGCGAGUUUCUUCCCCUUGGUUGGCCCCUGAAGACUCUGACGUACCGCGCAAGUUAACGCAACAGGGUGCAAGUCAGGGAUUGCUGUCGGAUUAUGGUGUUGAGAAGUUACGGGCGGAGCCUCAGGAGGGCCCGACAGAGUAUAAACUGCAUCUGCUCCUGAGACCAAGAAGAGCAUUCAAAUCCAUGAGCACUAUCCAGCAGCUGAAGAAUUCCCAAGCUGCCGACGCACAGGACACAACUGGUGCGAGACCACCAGUGUUGGCUACACCGGCAUCAUCGAAUCAACCUCGACAGGAACGGUUGAAACAUCUUACAACACAACUUCUAUGGCGUCUUCAGCAGUCAUCACCAUAUCAUGCUACCAGCUCCAAGGAACUGGCAAUUCCCAAGCUCCCAGCGGACAAUAUUGAGCUUUGUUCGCCAAUCAGGCUGGAGCCCUUGGUACCAGGACUUGAAGAGUCAAGGGGAGCCUUGUAUGAGAUAGGAGUCUCUGAUGACGGGACAUUGGUUGGAUUAACAAAGGAUGAAAUGACUGAAAGCAUAACCACUCUGCGUGUCAUGGCUGCCAGCCUUGGCUGCACUGUGGACGUGAUCCGUAUGGUAAUCGUUGGGGACUGCCAAUGGGAGGAGGUUACGCCCUACUGUAAUAAGAACGACCAGGAACUGAGCUUUGUUACGAGACAGGGAAAGUUAUGGGUAGCAGAAGCACUUGUAACGCCCAAUCUUGGACUCCGUGGCAUUUCAGGCGCAGAUUAUGGGAAUCCCGAUCAAGGCACAAUGAAAACAAGUGGCCCGGUUUCCUUGACUCCUGAGCAAGUCGCUGUGCCUAGUAGAGGUAGCUCGACGACUCCGCAACUCAGAAUAACACUUACUGGACCAACUACGUCAGGCAAAUCGAGUUUGCUUGGAACAUUGUCAACCGGAACUCUGGAUAAUGGCCGAGGAAAAAGCCGCUUAAGCCUGCUAAAGCAUCGUCAUGAGAUGGUGUCUGGUGUGACAAGUUCAAUAGCCCAGGAGCUCAUUGGAUACAAGGGCAGCUCGAUUUUGAACUUUUCGCAGGGAAACAUAGAGUCAUGGGUGGACAUUCAUGAUUGCGCAGAGCAUGGCAGACUGGUGUUCCUUUCCGACUCAGGGGGACACCCUAGGUAUCGACGAACCGUAUUACGCGGGCUUAUGAAUUGGGCUCCCCAUUGGAGUGUUCUUUGCAUCGCCGCAGAUGCCUCAGAAGAUAUCUCGACAGGAAUAGGUGCAACUUCGUCAGCCAAGGACGUGCUGGGCACCGCCGCAGCAGGCAUUGAUCUGGUGCGUGCGCAUUUAAACCUAGCCCUCAAAUUGGACGUGCCGAUGGCAGUGGUCAUCACAAAGCUAGACUUGGCGUCAAAACAAAGCCUACAAAAGACGUUGACAAAAAUUCUGGCAGCUAUCAAAGACGCAGGACGAAUACCAAAGAUUCUUCAGCCAGAUCAAAUACAGCAUGACGAUUUGCGAGACAUCCCCUGUGGAGAUCUUGCCAAGGUGGACGCCAUAGUGAAGAGCAUUACGGAAAGCGAUGACUUAACUUCGUGUGUCCCUAUCAUUCUCACGAGCGCGGUGAAAGGCGUUGGUGUCGGCUUGGUGCAUGCCCUUCUUGCCAACCUACCACUGCCAGGUAUACCAACAUCACGAGACUACGUAGGCAUGGCGUUGAACCCAGAACAACCCAAAUGUCUGUUUCAUGUUGACGACACAUUCAAUUUACCAAAUUCGUAUGGCACAUUGGCAACCAGUAAUCGACAGGCUACAGGUCGCGGGGUGGUAGUUUCGGGCCAUGUGCGCUUCGGAAGUUUCUCAGUUGGAGACAGAAUUGUGCUUGGGCCUUUCCAGCCAGAGGAUGAAGAGUCACGCGGUCUAGGCUUAACCAGUGAAGAUAGACCAUCACCGGGAGCCUAUGGUCUGUCGAUAUCUCAUCCAUCCUCGGCGGAAUUAGCCCGGAUAGCCAUGAAAAGUGCCGUCUCAGCGUCUGUCAUACCCGGAGAGUGGCAUACAGCGCAGAUUGUUAGUAUUCGUAACUUGCGACUACCUGUACGGACACUAGAACCUGGGCAGGCUGGAUCAAUUGGUCUCGUUUUUAGCAUGGCGGAAAACUCAUUAAGUUCCCCAUUGACGGAGACGCCUCGUGUUCGUCGGGGCAUGGUCGUUGCCAUACCUUCGAAGCACAUGCUAGAUACAAACUUGUCUCUUCAGGCAGCCAGCGGCUUCACGGCUUCAUUUACUGACCCUGCGAUUCGAUCUCUUACGUCGGGCUCUUUUGUCAAUGUCUAUGUCGCGAGCGUGAGGGCCGCUGCUAGAAUUUUGCGGGUUUCUCGCAGUCAAUGGCAUCGAAGUCACACUGCCACAAGUAACGACGAUAUCGAAGAUAUAUUUAGUCUGAAUACGGAUCUUGAGACUGCGGACCCUACCGUGGACGAAGGACAUUCAUGGUCUGGUGAGGUGUGCCUGGAAUUGCUUCAUAGUCGAGAAUGGAUUGAGCUGGGCUCCACGGUAAUACUCUUAGAAGGUGGUAGUCAAGAUCGAUCGGGCCUCGAAGGAUUUGUGGGCAAAGUUAUUGAGAUAGUGGACUAA